AUGGGUUCGGCAAACCAGUUCAAUGUCUCUGAGUUUCUCCUCCUGGGUCUCUCCAGGCAGCCCCAGCAGCAGCAGAUCCUCUUUUUGCUCUUCCUGAGCAUGUACCUGGCCACAGUCCUGGGCAACCUGCUCAUUAUCCUGGCCAUCAGCACAGACUCCCGCUUGCACACCCCCAUGUACUUUUUCCUAAGCAACCUGUCCUUCGUGGACCUCUGUUUCUCCUCUACCAAUGUUCCCAAGAUGCUGGUCAACUACAUACUGGGGAGUCAGACCAUAUCCUUCCUUGGGUGUCUCACACAGCUCUAUUUUUUCAUUAUGUUCACAGUCAUGGACCAUUGCCUCCUGGCUGUGAUGGCCUAUGAUCGCUUUGUUGCUGUGUGUCACCCCUUACACUACACAACAAAGAUGACCCCUCAGCUCUGUGCCCUGCUACUUGCUGGAUCUUGGGGCAUUGCUAGUCUGCAUUCUCUGUUGCACACCCUGCUGAUGGCUUGGCUCUCAUUCUGUGCAGACAACAGGAUCCCCCACUUCUUCUGCGAUGGGGCUGCUCUCCUGAAACUCUCCUGCUCUGACACAUAUCUCAACGAGAUGAUGAUUCUUACUGAGGGGGGUCUGAUAACUCUCAUUCCACUUGUUUGCAUCCUGGUUUCCUACAUUUACAUCACAUCUGCUGUCCUGAGAGUCCCAUCCACAAAGGGAAAAUGGAAAGCCUUCUCCACCUGUGGCUCCCACCUGGCCGUGGUUUCUAUCUUCUAUGGCACUAUCUUUGCUGUGUAUUUCAACCCUUCCUCCUCCCACUCGGCUGAGAAUGACAUUGCAGCGACUGUGAUGUACACGGUGGUGACCCCCAUGCUGAACCCUUUCAUCUACAGCCUCAGGAACAAGGACAUGAAAGAGGCUUUAAGAAAAAUGAUGGGCAGGAAGAGAGAUUCUACCCGAUGA